GCCUUCUCCUACCCUUUCUCUCUGUGUCGCGGCGCUGGGUUGGAGCCGCUGUCCCUGGUCUGGCACGUUCCCUUAAAUUUUUGUGUUAAAUUUGAUGCCCCCCCCUUUUUUUGAUUCGACAAUUUGCGACGGCAUUUAAAAUACCUACACGGGCAUCUCCAUACCGGUGUUUUUUUUAUAAGCAUUUGUCAAAUAUACCCUUUAUCUUGUAAAAUGGCGGUGUUAAGCGGGUCGUCUGGGCCGGUUGCCCGGCUUGAGGGCCGUGAAUUCGAAUACUUGAUGAAAAAGCGCUCGGUGACUAUCGGUAGGAACUCGUCUCAGGGCUCGGUGGAUGUGAGCAUGGGUCAUUCCAGUUUUAUUUCUCGAAGACAUCUCGAAAUAUUCACUGUUAGUGACGAUAGCACUGGUGGUGGAGACUUCUACUUGCGAUGCCUCGGCAAAAAUGGGGUGUUCGUGGAUGGAGUGUUCCUCAGACGGGGUGCCCCUCCUCUACAACUACCACGAAUGUGCAUUUUCAGGUUUCCCAGCACAAACAUCAAGAUCACAUUCACAGCCCUGUCCAGUGGAAAGAGGGAGAAGCGUGAGGCGCCUGAGUCUCCAGUAAAACCAGUCCACAUCUCUCCACUCACCAUAAACAUUCCAGACAACAUCGCCCACCUCAUGAGCCCCCUGCCCUCACCCACCGGCACCAUCAGUGCUGCCAACUCGUGCCCCUCCAGUCCCAGGGGAGCGGGCUUGUCCGGCUACAGGAUGGGUCGCAUCGUCAGCUCUGCAGAGCUACAGCUCAUAAACGACAACUCCCAGUCAGAGAACGACAAGGAGGCCUCAGGAGGGGACAGCCCCAAGGAUGAUUCCAAACCGCCAUACUCAUAUGCACAACUGAUAGUCCAAGCCAUUACAAUGGCACAGGACAAGCAGCUCACGCUAAACGGAAUAUACACUCACAUCACCAAAAACUACCCCUACUACAGGACUGCAGACAAAGGCUGGCAGAACUCGAUCCGUCACAAUCUGUCACUGAACCGCUACUUUAUUAAAGUAGCCAGAUCGCAGGAGGAACCAGGCAAGGGCUCGUUCUGGAGGAUAGACCCGUCCUCAGAGGGCAAGCUCAUGGAGCAGGCCUUCAGAAAACGAAGGCCGCGGGGUGUGCCCUGCUUCAGGACCCCCCUCGGACCCCUCUCCUCCAGGAGUGCCCCAGUCUCCCCUAAUCACUCUGGGGUGCUCUCGGCCCACUCGAGUGGGGUGCAGACCCCUGACAGCCUAUCCCGAGAGGGUUCCCCUGUCCCCAUGGAACCAGAGCCCGCUCCGGCCCCGCCCCCUGCCACAGCAGUCCAGCCCAAACUAGCUGUCAUCCAGGAGGCCUGCUUUGCACAGAGUACACCAGGCUCCCCUCUCAACAGCCAGCCGGUGCUCAUCACAGUUCAGCGUCAGUUACCUCAGACCCUAAAGCCGGUGACCUAUGCCAUGGCCACGCCUGUGACUACCAGCACCUAUCAGAACCAGCAGCCCGUCAUGCAGACGGUGCACGUCGUCCACCAGAUCCCUGCCAUGUCUGUCACCAGCGUGUCCGGGCUCAGCACCGCCAACACCUACACAGUGGCCACCCCCACCAUGGUCACGCUCCAGGCUGAGCCCCAGGAGAACGGAGACUACUCAGAGGCCAAAGGCGGUGGCAGUCGCAUCAUCCAGACGACCCAGUCGGCCACGCCCUUACAGACGCUAACCUUAGUGCAGCAGCCCCUGGGCCAGCACCAGCUCCCCAUAAAGACCAUCACACAGAAUGGCACCCACCUGAUGCCAAUGCAGGCUGCUGCAGCCACAGCUGUUGCGAGUCCUCUCCACUUGCUGGCCACUCAUGCCUCCGCUUCAGCCUCCCUCCCGACCAAACAACAGAACGGAGCCCAGGCGGCCAGCGAUCAGCCCAACGCUAAGCGCAUCAAAACAGAGGAAGGGGACAGCGCCACCCGCGCAGUAGAUACGGACUCGUCGGCAGCCAAUGACCAAGCCAGCCACCACAACUAGUCUUCUGCAUCAUCGCCACCAUCUUGUUUUUUUCUUUCCUUUCCUACCAUGUAUUUCUCCCUUCUUCCAUUGACUCCCAAGGUGCCAAAAGGAGAAGAUUUUCAGUUGGUUUAACCAUUGUAGAGGAUUGGAAAAUAUGACCACCCCUUAAAAAAAAAGACUGAAGAGAACAUUUAGUUGAGAUUUGAAAAAAGGACAAAGUAGAACUCUAAUUUGAAGGUCCCCUGUGAGACAUCGCCACGGAGGAGGAGGAUGACGACUACUCCAAGACCACAGGAAGCCUUAACAACAAUUAACCUUUAACAUGAUGAGCUGAACUUUGACCACCUGCAGCGACCAGUUUGACUGAGGCCCAUGUUAGCCCGGCGGUCGCACGGCAUCUCUGUCUCAACUACCUCAGUGCAGAUUGGGGGCCACGGUCAAGGGCACCACUCAACGGACCCAUGGGAUGACUGGAUGAGGUGACCAACUAGCAGCAUGACAAGCAUUUGACGCAGACAUGAAAUAUCAAUGAGUGCAUUCAGAAAAGGGGAUCAAAACAGCCAAUUCCUUGACCUUUGGCAGCUAGCCUUUCAUAUACUGACUAGCCUUAUUGCAGCUCUAAGUAGUAAUGCAGUAUUUUGUUGUUCAUAUGUGGACCUUAGGAUCUGUUUUGGAUGUAUUUUCAUUUAUAUAGGUAAAAAAAAAGUCCUAAUAAUUGAAAUAAAGAAAGCAUUACAGCA